AUGGCGCCAUUACCUCCACUGACAGAAUCUCUUAUUCCUUUUUUAGAUCCAUACCUGCCACGAAAAGUUCCGAUAACAUUACUAAAUAAAGCCGAAACUGAUGAAAAUCCUCCGUUUAUUACUUUAACAUUUGCACAAUCCAUCGAUUCAAGGAUCAGUAGCUCUCCUGGCGUCAGAACUUCGAUUUCGCAUCUAGAAACUAAAACUAUGACCCAUUAUCUACGAUCGAAGCACGACGCCAUACUCGUUGGAAUCGGUACUUUCCUGGCUGAUGAUCCAAGUCUGAAUUGCCGUUUCAAGAUAAAUGAUGACGACCCGAAUCAUUUGAUAAGACCUGUCAUUAUUGACCCCACAUUCAAACUGGGCCCUUUUUAUGAAAAUUCUAAACUCAGACAAGCUUACUUGGAGAAAAAAGGUCUUCCGCCAAUUGUUUUAGUGAAAUUGUCCACAAUAAAAUCAAACCCCGAAAUCGAGAGCUUUUGCAAUCACCAUGAUAUUGUGCUACUUCCAUUGGAGAGUGAGCCAGCAUCCAGAUUUCAAUGGAUGGUAGUUUUCAGAGAAUUGAAGAAGCGAUCCAUCAGGUCAGUCAUGGUUGAAGGAGGCGCAUCGGUAAUUAACAGUUUGCUAUUAUCCAGAGAUUCGAGUAGUGGGAAGCCUCUGAUUAAUUCAUUAAUAAUAACCAUCGGUCCAGUUUUCUUGGGCAAAUCAGGAGUUGAAGUGUCCCCUUGUAAAGAACUCCGCCUUAUAGACGUAUCUUGGUGGACCGGGGUGCAGGAUUCUGUGAUAUGUAGUCACCUGAACUGA